AUGUAUCAAACAGUUGCUAGAGAUGCAUAUAACAUUUUAAAACAUGCUAGAGAAAACCAGAAAGACUGCUACAUUUCAGCAAUUGCAAGGCCUAGUAGUUCAAAACAUGAUGUGCAUAGUAGUUCAUCAAGAAAGUGCAAAUUUAUGUCACUUGCUACAAAUGUUCCUAAGGAAGUGUAUGAAGUGAAGUGGGAUUUGGUGAUUGCUGAUGGACCAGAAGGUGAUAAACCGAAAUCACCAGGAAGAAUGGCUGCAAUUUACAUUGUUGAUGUAGUAGCAAGAAGAAGAAAGAAGAAUAAUGGGACUCAUGUAUUGGUACAUGAUGUUGAUAGAAUGAUUGAGAAUCAAUGUCCAUACCCGUACCCACAGGGACGAUGUGGAUUGGAAGCUAGUGGCAGAAAAUGUCCUAAAGGAGUGUGUUAUAGUUACUCUUGUUGGUCUGGAAACACAUUAGACUAUUAUGAUGUUGAUAAAUGCCAAAGUCAAUGUUCAGGUCCGUUCCCACAGGGACGAUGCGAAUGGCAAGCUGAUAAUGGAUCAUGUCCAACUGUAGUGUGUGGUACCACAUCGUAUCAUUGUGGUUGUGGAAAAUGUCAAAGUCAAUGUGAAAGACCAUACCCACCCUCACCCCCAUCAAUUACAGAAGGACCAUGCGGAAAACAAACUGGUGGUAGAAAAUGUCCUACUGGAGUGUGUUGUAGUGACUCAGGUUGGUGUGGAACCACCUCGAUCUAUUGUUAUCCUAAUAGAUGCCAAAGUCAAUGUUCAGGACCGUUCCCACAAGGACGAUGCGGAUGGCAAGUUUAUAAUGGACCAUGUUCUACUGGAGUAUGUUGUAGUUUAGAUGGUUGGUCUGGAACCACACCGGCUUAUUGUGCUUCUGGAAACUGUCAAAGCCAAUGCAAAAAUACUCUCGAAUCCACGAAGAAUCGUAUGAAAGAAUUUUUUUGA